AUGAUAUCUGCUUUACUUUGUUUGGCGGCUCGAAGAAAUAUAAAAUCGUCACCUAAAAUACUUAGUAGCAGUAGUGGAAUAUUAUUACCUAGAAAAUUACCUGUACCUCUAUCGACGUUCACGUUUAAAUUUUAUACCUGUGACGAAAGUAAAUCGCAAGAAGGAAAAGGUUCGGUACGCAGUUCUUCACAAGUUCCACAACACGGUCCAUUUAAUCCCAAAUCAUUUGUACUCAAUUUAAUUGAAAGUGUUAAAAAAGGAAAAUUACCCAUUGAAGAAAUAACCGGAUUAGCGAAUAAAGUUAUAGCGGAAGGACAAAUAAACGAAUAUAAAAAUGCUCCAUCGACGGUUCAAACGGUUACCUUUGCCGGACUCGGUCCGAUGCUUGGAAUUCCAUUACUUACCCUAUUAACAGGACAUGCUUAUUACUGUUGUGUAUUCGCACAUUUAGCCUACGGAGCUUGCAUACUAUCCUUUCAAGGUGGAUGCAAUUGGAUGGAAGCAAUUACAAAGAAAGAUAUAUCAUAUGAAAAACUGUGUUGGUGCGUGGGUCCGCCGAUAAUUGGUUGGACGUCUUUAAUACUACCAUUGCCAUUGGGAAUGUUUUUGACAUCUCUUGGAUUUACAUUAUCAGUGAUUCAUGACGUACUUCUAACUCAAUAUCCUCCUUGGAUGAAAGCUCUUAGGGUGAUAUUUACAGGAGGAACUCUUUUAUCAUUUUUACUCAUAUCUCGACGUAGAAGUUGGUCUUCUCGAUCAAGAUCCGGUUCCAGCAGAUCACGAAGAGGUAGAUCGAAAUCAAGUCGGUCGUGUGCAUCGAGCAAGAGAAGAUCAAGUUCUAGAAGUAAUAGUAGCAAAUCACAUUCCAGAUCGAGAAGUAAUUCCAGGGAUAAAUCAAAAAAUAAUAAAAAAUCAAAAUCGAGGUCUUUGAGCUCGUCGAAAUCACCCAAGAAGAAAGAAAGUCCGCCGAAAGUUGUGAUUCCUCGUUAUUACGGUCGCAACAGAAAAGAUUCUUCUUCGUCAUUGAGUCUCGAUUCCAGCGAUUCCGAGUCGAAAACCAAUACGGGACAACCUUCUUGUUCAAAUUCCAGUCGCAGUGCUAACAAGAAAAUAAACGUAAAUGAUUAUCAUUCAUGUAGCCGAAGUGCGGGUAAUGCCAGACCGACGUCCAAAGUCAUUAAAGCCGACAAGAAAGCAGAAAAGGAAAGACUUGAAAAAGCCGAACAAGAGCGGCAAGAUAGGGAAGCGGAAUUGAGAGACAUUGCUAUUAAAAUCCGACGAAGAGAAAGGUAUUUGAGACACAGGGGAGAAGACGAGGAAAACGACGGAGAGAAAGAGGCUAUGAAAAGGCGUGAAAGGUACCUGAGAAGGUUGGGAGACGAUGACGAUAAACACGGGAAAAGAGAAUUCGGAAGUAGAUCGGAAUCGUCGGGAAGCAGGAGAAGUCGAAGUAGUAGCCCGGAAAUUGUGAAAAGCAGGAGAAGCAGGAGUCCGAGAAGAAGCGGAAGACGAUCGAGAUCAUCGAGUCCGAAACCGAGACUGGGGAAAAGGUAA